AUGAGGGGGAAAGGAGUUUCUAAUUGGGAGAAAGUAGUUAAGAUUUGUUUAUGGCUAGCUAUCUCACUUUAUUGGAUUUCUGGAGUUGUGUUGAUAUGCAUAGGAGUGUCUACCCAAGUGAAACUCCGGGAUACUUUUGUGGUGUUGAACAAAGGUGCUUCAGAGGUUCCUGCAAUCAUAAUGGUUGCUGGCACACUUAUAAUCAUCAUUGCAGGCUUUGGGGCAAUUGCUUUGCUAAAAUGCAACCCUAAAAUGAUCAAAGUGUUCACAGGCAUAUUGCUGGCACACCUGAGCACUGGAAUUGUAGUUGGUGCUGUUGCAUAUGCUUACAGAGAGAAGUUACAUCAAAUAUUACUGAAAGAUGUCUUGAAGACCUUGGACAAGUAUAGCGAAGAACUGCAGAUCACCAAAGCUGUGGAUAGCCUACAGAGACAGUUCCAAUGUUGUGGUGCAGAGAGCUAUACUGAUUGGCUAAAUACCACAUUUGGCUCUCUCUCUUCAUCUGUCCCAAGAAGCUGCUGUAAAGUACCUGUGGAAAGCUGUGUCACAGAUCUAAACAAAUAUCCAGUAGGCAUUAACCAGCAGGGAUGUGUUCUAAAAGUGAAGAAUUGGUUUGAAAAACACAUUUUUGUAUUUGGAGGGGUUGGCAUUUUUCUUGGACUAGCACAGCUAACUGGGAUCGUGCUUUGCUUUCUGCUGCUGAAAAUAUUAAAAGAGAAUUAUGAAAGUAUUGAAUAAGUUUAAGAAGCUGAUGUUACUUUUAUAGCUGAAACUGGA